AUUUCCCGGUUAUUAUUAUUUGAAGCUUUCCGCCGAUCGUCAAGAAACGGCAGCAAAAUGGAGAUCAAGAGUCCGCAGCCGUGCCCCAAAACAGUCACCGUCCGGAGAAACCCUCCCCGGCGAGCCAGACCCACUCCUGCCACCGUUGUCCCCGUCUCAGCGCCUACAUCAUCUAAAACCUCUUCAGCUAUACGUUCUUUUCCGAUUCAAGACAUCCUUUCCAUCGACAUUCCUGAAAAACAGGAGAUUCCAGAGCCUGCGUCUCCUAAAGAGUCACCAUCUUCUGAGAAACUUAAAGUAUUUCUUCGAAUAAAACCGAUUGUAACGCAACCGAAGGUUGGAGUAUCAGUGAAGAAUGCAGCUCAUAAGAAUGUUUGGCCUCAAAACCCUAACAAGAAAAAAGAUGCUACGAAAACGGCUAAAGUUGUGGGGAAGAAGACGAAUGAGAUAUGUUUGAAAAUGAACGAUUCGCAUUCUGUCACGCUUUGUCCUCCACAAAGCUUGGCAGAUGCUCGACGGACAAAGUCUGAAGUCUAUGAAGGGUUUUCACAUGUCUUCUGUGCUGAAUCCUCUCAGAGUGAAGUCUACGAGAAAAUGGUGAAUCCACUGGUGGAGGACUUUUUGAAGGGGAAAAGCGGCAUGAUAGCAGCAAUGGGACCAAGUGGAUCUGGUAAAACCCACACUGUCUUCGGAACUACCAGAGAGCCUGGUAUGGUUCCUCUUGCCCUUCGACAGAUCUUUUCAGAGAAGGAGAGCAAUGAAUCUAAAUGUUCAAGGACUUUCUAUCUGUCAAUGUUUGAAAUCUACUCAGAGCGAGGAAAAGGGGAAAAGAUAAUGGAUUUAUCACAAGAAGGAGGUGAUUUAUUCAUGCAACAAUCGAAUAUCAAAGGCCUGAAAGAGACAAUCAUCCAUGAUGUUCAGCAGGCUGAAUCUCUAAUUGCAAUUGGAAUGUCAAAGCGUUCUACUGCUAUGACAAAUUCCAAUAUCCAAUCAAGUCGUUCACAAUGCAUUAUAAACAUUCGUAGUGACCAUGAGAACAUUGAUUUUCACUCAUAUUUUCAUACUGGUGUUCAACCCUCCACUGCCAUAUUGACCAUUGUUGACCUUGCUGGAGCUGAAAGAGAAAAAAGGACUGGAAAUCAGGGAGCUAGAUUACUUGAGAGUAAUUUCAUCAACAACACAUCUAUGGUUUUUGGAUUAUGUUUAAGGUCAUUAUUAGAGCAUCAGAAGAACCCAAAGAAGCCUUUUCACAAGCACUUUCAAAAUUCAAUGUUGACUAAAUACUUGCGUGAUUUUUUGGAAGGAAAGAAGAGAAUGUCAUUGAUUUUAACUGCUAAAUCAGGAGAAGAAGAUUAUCAAGAUACAUCAUAUAUGUUGAGACAAGCUUCACCUUUUAUGAAUAUCAAGUUUGAGAAUAUUGAAGAACAACCUACCAAUGCAUUUGGCAAUAAAAAACGAACCCAAACAUUGCCAAAAAUAGAACAAUCUAAAAGAAUGAAGUUCAAUACUAAUGAAGUUUUUAUGGAUAAUGAGUUGAAGGGUGACAUUCUUCAUCAGAUUCUCAAAGAAGAGUUGACUCCGGAAAAAGUCAAAGAGGUUGAUGAAAUUAAAGAUUCAUCAGCUGAGACUCCAUGCAACAACAUCAAUAAAGAAGUAAACAAGAACAAAUCUCUUGAAACAAAUACUAAAGAUUCUGUAAAGACAUUUAGAGAAAAUCAUAUUCUUCUAAAUUUCUCUAGAGCUUUGUGGAAUGUUCUUAAAGAGUAUAAGAACAAACUAGAGGCUAGUGAAUAUGAAGUUAACUCCUUAAGACAUAGUCUGAGUGUUGAAAAAGAAAGGAUUAAUGCAUUGGAGACUGAAUUGAAUCUCAUUAAAUAUAGAAGAGAAACAAUAACUGAUGUUCUUGUGGUUGAAGAGAAUGAGUCAAAAGCCACGUCAGCAAACAGCUCACAUGUUCAUGAGGGUACAAGUUCUGUUGAAGAUGUUUCAACAUCCAUAAGUGAUGAAAGUUUUCAAGAACCGAGUAAGGAGAAAGACGAUAUUGCCCCUCAUGAAUACGUUGUGUUUGAUAAAGAAGAUUUAAAGGAACUUAAAGACAAAGAUUUCAGCACUGAAAUAGGUUGUGAUAAUUUAGAGUCAACUGUUCACAAUUCAGAGUUACUUAUAACACAAGAACAUGAAAAAGAAGAGGGAAUAACCUCUGUUGAAGCCACAUCAGCUGCCAGCUGUCCUGAAACAUUUGAUAAUUUAUCGCCAGCUGGCGCUGAGUCAGACUCAGAGCUGACUUGUGUACAUGAAGAUGAAGUUUUAUCUUCCCCUUUAGAGCAACUAAAACAGGAACAAAAUGAGGGAAUAAACUCUGUUGAAGUUAUAUCAGUAUCCAUUGUUCCUGAAACAUCUGAAGAUCAAUGCAACGAGAAAAUUGACGUCUUAAAUACAAAUAUUGUUCUUGAUGAACAAGAGUUCAAGGAAGUUGAGGAAAGAGAAUCUAAUGGAGAAAUAGCAGGUUGUGAUACUGCAGCGCCAGCUGGCGCUGAGUCAGCAUUUUCUUGUGUACUUGAAGAUGAAGUUUCUUCUUCUCCUUUGAAGGAAAACCAACCAAAACAGGAACAAAAAGAGAAAUUCGAUGUCUCCAAUACAAAUCUUUCUCUUGAUAAACAAGAAUUCAAAGAAAAUGAAGAAAAAGAGACCAAUGGAGAAAUAACAGAUGAAGUGUCUUCUUCCCCUUUAAAGGAAGACCAAACUAAACAGGAGGAAAAACAAAAACAAAAAGAAAAAGAAAAACAGGACAUUCCAAAUUUGGUGUGCUGUGAAGAUGUAAAUGAGAAGAGUAAUUUGCAAGAGGCAUCAAAUAUUCAAUCCAGUGCUGUGAAGCCAAAAAGGAGGCUUAGACCUGUUUCUUCUGUGAUGCUAAGGAAUAUAAACAUCUUGGAUUCUGUAGAUGCCACUGAGAUGCCAAAGCAUGGAAAAAGAGGAGUGGAAAAAGAUGUGGAAAAAAGAACACAAGGUAGCAUUUCACUUAUGCGACUCCUGAAACAAAAUCUCCAUCACUAGAAACUACGAAAAAAAAAUAUACUUGACAAUUUGACAUAGUUGUAUAUGGUGGAACUUUUUUCGGAUA